CAUCCCCUUGACUCCAGUCUUCUCCCUUGACUGAGGCAGCUCUCUGCUGCUUUCUAGGUUUUGCUGACUGUUUCACUCUUUUUCACUUCAAUUCCAAACUGCAUGGCCAGUUGAUCUUCUUCCCACACUCAAAACUCAUCUUGACUACCACUACCUACAUUUUCACCCACUAAUAGAAAUGGCAUCAAGUUCUGUCACUUCUUGGACACGGAGGGAGAACAAGCAAUUUGAAGAGGCUCUAGCCUUCUUCGACAAGGACACCCCAGAUCGCUGGCAAAACAUAGCCAGGGCUGUGGGUGGGAAGACGGUGGAGGAAGUGAAGCGCCAUUAUGAGAUCCUUGUGAAGGACAUCAUACAAAUUGAAUCUGACAAAAUACCUUUGCCCAAUUACAGGUCUACAGGGAGAAGUGGUAGAAGAUAAUUGAUGGUAACCUUCUCUCUGGCUACUACAAUUAUAGUGUCCGUGCAUUGAAGCUCUCGUAGAUUCUUGUUUGAUAUUUCAUCAUAUGGCUCUAGUAACUAACUUCUUUUGUAAAUGGGAGUCUUCCUUGUAUUGAGCUAGGAUGUUUUGCCACAAUAUUCAACCAUCUACCAUACUAAGAAAUUUAUGCAUACCUUCAGUUCAGUUGAGUACUAUCCCUGGCCCAUUGGCUACUUGAGCCAAUAACUAGAAGUCCACCAGGUUGAGUGUCUACCAGAUACAGUGAUACAUGUAAAUUAAAUUUGGAAAAAUAUGAUGUUUAUCAGAAAGAAAAAAAU